CUGCACGCUGACUAGGCGCCGAGCCGCACGUGCUGGCCUUCGGGGACGUGGACGGCCUCGAGGCGCUCGCAGAGGCCACAUACGGGCAGGUGGUCGUCGGGCGCGCGCCCGCCGCGCUGGCGGCCAAGUACGGGGGCAAGGAGGCGCCCGCCGUGGCGAUGCUGCCUUUCGGCGCCGCCGAGAAGGCGGCGAAGAAGGCGGUUCCUUUCGCGGCCGACGCCGCCGGCCUCGACGCGGCCAAGAAGGGCGCGCUCGCGUCGCUGCCCGACAGCCUCGUCGAUAAGCUCGGGCAGGGGUCUCCCGACAUGUUCUUCUCCGCGGCGCUCACGCAGACGGCGGCCAAGGCGGCGUGCCUCCUCUUCUCCGACAAGGCCGAGGUGCCGCCCAUCUUCCGCUCCCUCUCCAUGGCGUUCGAGGGGCAGAUGCAGUUCGGCUUCGCGCCGCCCGCGAUGAUGGCGCAGUUCAACAUCGACAGGGCGCCCGCGCUGCUGGUGCUGUGGAACGAGAACGAGGGCAAGGACGAGCUGGACGCGCAGGCGGGGAUGAAGCUGACGGGCGCGCGCUUCAUGCCGCAGGUCCACGGCAAGUUUUCCUACGGCAACAUCGCCGCAUUCGUCGCGUCGGUCGUCGAGCAGCGGCUGCAGAUGCUCGGCGCGCACGCCGGAGGGGCCAAGCCGGCCGGCGGCGAGGGCGAGGGCGGGAGGGGGAAGGCGGCCGGCGCAAGCAAGGACGUCGGCCCCCCGCCUGAGCUCUCCGCUGCCAACUUCGAGGCGGAGUGCACGCAGCGCGGCGGGCUCUGCGCCGUCGCCCUCCUCGACGGCGGCCCCGACAACGGGAACAAGGAGGC